UGUUUGUUUUGUAAACGACAAGACUUAGUACAUUAUGUGCAAGUGCAGUAGUUUUUUAAGCAUUAAUUCAAGAUAACUUCGGUAUUCUGUGGGGAAACUGAAAUACAUAUCUUAAGAGCCUAAACAUGACCUCAUCAAUUUCACAGUUAUGUACCCUUUGUCAGGAUGACGACAUGUCUAUUGCGGCAUUGACAUGGUGUACAGAUUGUGAAACAUUUCUUUGCUCGGAUUGCGAUAGAUAUCACGGGAGAAUAAAAUCAACCAAACACCAUAAAAUGUUGUCCAUAGAAGAUUAUUGUCAGCUGCCUGAAUUUAUUCUUCAAACCGGAAAUAGAUGUCGUGAGCAUGAUAAAAAGUACAAACUCUAUUGCUCAUUCCACGCAUGCGCGUGUUGUUUCCAGUGCUUUACAGAAAGUCAUCCGAACUGCAAAGAAAUUAAACAACUGUCGGAUGUUUUGAAGAAUGUGAAGUCGUCUGCUUCUGUUUCGAGAUUAGAAAGCGAUUUGUCAGAUCUGAAAGAGAAUUUUGAAAACAUAACUAGAAGUUUGAAAGAACGCAUAACGGUUAUGCAAAGCCAGAAGGCAUCGGCAUUAAAAGAAAUAAAGCGUUCACGGAAAAGCAUUAAUGAAUAUGUGGACAAAAUAGAGCAAAAAAUGGUCAACGACUUAAACAUUGAACAUUCAAAAGUGGAAAAAAAUACCGAAAAAAUGAUAAUCCAAGUUAGAAUCAAACUGGAACAAGUUGUGCAAUUGCAACUGAAUUUUUCAAAAUUGAUCAAAUUUGCAACCGAAAUGCAAACGUACGAAGGGCUUAAGCAAAUGGAAAACACUUCUACAAACGAAGCUAAGUAUAUAGAAACUUUAAACAAAUCGGGUGACCUCAACGAUGUCAGUCUAGUGGUAGACUUUUCACCAGAUCUAUAUGCAGUUCUUCAAGAAGUAAAGUCAAUGGGGAAAGUAUCGAUUACCUCUAAAAAGAGUAAUUUAAAAUUAAAAGUUGGUCAAAACAGUCAAGCUCAGCUUUUAUUUCAAAUGAUAAAACCAAUUGAUGAAAUGGAAGCAGUGCUGAAAAAGACUUUCAGUUUACCAAAUGAUACAAGAAGUAUAUGCAUUACAAGUUGUAGCAUCAUAUCAGAAGGUCAGCUGGUAUUUGCGGAUCAGAAUAACGAAAGUUUGAUUUUGUGUGACAAAAAUGGCGUGUACGUUAGGAACAUUUUGAAAUUUUCGAAUUAUCCGUCUGAUGUUUGCCACAUCAGAAACAAUGUAGUCGCUGUAACAUUACCUGACGCGCAUCAAAUUGUGAUAGUUGAUGUAGAAACAAAUAGAAUAGGUCAUACUUUUAAAGUGAAGUCUAAAUGUUACGGUGUUUACUACGAUGGAAACACAAUUUCGGUUAGACUUCCGGAAGAAAAUUCUGUCGUUAUUCUAAGCAUGAUCGACGGCAGUGUAAAACACACGAUAUCCAUACCGGGAAUAAAUGUGAAUCGUUUUUCGGGUUUUAACCAGAACCGUGUCUUCAUAAAUUGGAAGAAGCAUGAGGUUCUUUGCUACAACGGCAAUAGCCUAAUCUGGAAAUGUAACGAAAACAUCAAAGAUCCCUCUGGCAUUAAAAUCGAUAAAAAUGGACUUAUCUACAUUGCAUGCGACCAAAGCAGCAAAAUCGUAAUCGUUAGUAGUGAUGGCAAAUCGAGUAGACAAUUGUUGUCCUAUGAUGACGGAAUCCGCAAUCCGUGGGCAAUUGAUAUUGACAGAGAGACUUCAACACUUCUUGUUGCUAAUCGAGAUGGGGCAACAAUUUUCCUUUACCAACUUUAAAUUAUAAAGAACAAUUUCAUUUUUGUGUAGGAUGUCCUUAAAAAAACCUGAAGAGGUGUCCGUAUCAAGAAAUGGUUAUCUUCAUUUAUGCACGAAUUUAUACUUAACUUUUUAAAAGUACUCGAUACUAAGUCUUGAUUAAAACUGUGUAUGCAUAAAGAGAGAUGAUAUGGAAACGUUAGUAAGACAGCAAUCCAACAACACAGCCGAAAAGUAAAAGACCUCAUCAUACAGUCAUCAACAACGUAACAGACAAAUAUUUACACAAAAUGCCAAUGUCAAUAGGUCAGAGUGUCAUUUUGAAUCUUGACUUUUGACAUUUGUUGUGCCAAUAUUGGGGUACAUUAUUUUCGGAGCCCUUUGUUGCUUGCUCCUCGGAUCGAGGCAAGGCUCCGUGUUGCAGUCCUUACUUUGACCUAUAAUGGUUUACUUUUACAAAUUAUGACUUGGAAGGAAAGUUGUCUCAUUGGCUUUCAAACCCUAUCUUCUUAUAUCUA